GCGGGCGCAAGCCCCGUCUCCUCUGCAGAGUUGUCUCUGCCGGUGCCGGUGACGUUUGACGACGUGUCCGUCUAUUUCAACAACAAGGAAUGGGAGAAGCUGGAGGAGUGGCAGAAGGAGCUCUACAAGAACGUGAUGAAGGGCAACUACGAGUCGCUGAUCUCCCUGGACUAUGCAAUUUCCAAACCUGGUGUUUUGUCUCAGACCGAGCAAGGAGAGGAAUCGCGGGUCGGGAAUAAGCAGGACUUGGAGGAGAGCGAGAUCAUUACCGAUGCCACCGCAGCUGGUAUAAGGGUUGUGAUCAAAACGGAGGAGCUCCUUCCUGAGGACAGCCCUGAAAACCCCGAGCUGCACGGGAUGUCGGGGCAGUCGGAGGGGAGCUUCCAGAGUCCGGAUGAGGAGGCAGCCUGCGAGAGCCCCUACGGCUCCGUCUCCCCUCCGAGGGACCUCCCAGGAACCAGCCUGGGUGACUCGUCCGAAUACGUCGCUGACUUCAACGAGAUCCAGAGAGUCAUCGUUCACCAUGGGAGCUGCACAG